CAUCGAGCUUAAUAAAAUAUUAAAUUUAUUUCCGGCCUAAGUUUCUUCCACUUGUGUUUCUGUGCUUUUAAUUUUUCAUUUCAUUUUUUACUCCUAAUACCGCAUUUCGCGUCUACUUAUAUUUACACACGCAUUGCUAUUUUUUCCUCCCUCAACUUGAUCGAGAAAGCCUCAAGCUUUCGCCUUGUACUGCAUUUUUAAUCCUUGAAAAGUAAUCUUUUGACCAUAGCCGCCGACAUAUAACAUGCAUUAGCUAUAGAAGGAAAAAUUCUCCCGAUAAAACUGCGUGUCUGACUCGUGGAUAAAUACGCAUUGGAAAAACUGCUUAAUACAUGCACGUGCAAUAAAUAAUAGGAUUUUCAGAACACGUGUUUUUAUCCUAUUUGUAUCAUGCAUGCGUUCUUCACAUUAUGCGUAUUCCAAACAACGGUUUAAACCUGCACAUUUAGUACUGGAUAUUUUAGUAUUUCGCCUGUUCACCCCGUUUAACCUUAGAACAGCUGGUUUCUACAGGGUGUAUGAGAAAAAACGCAAACAUGAUACUGAUAGUUCCCAGGGGCCUACGAUCUUCUAUUAUUCGAAAAAAGCAAAUACCUCUGAAUAUCCUUGUACAGGGAAAAUAUUUCCUGUUUUAUGCAGGACUAGCUCCUUUUUUUAGCAUAUCUUCCAUGCUUGUAUUGGUUUUAGUUUCUCUUACUUUAAGGAUAAUCCAUUGAGAUUAUUAAUGAAUUAUGGUAAGAAAAUGGCAAAUGUUUAUAAAUCACCUUUAGAAUCACACGUGGCAGCCAUUGGGGAAAUGAUCUUGCAAAAUCCGAGAGAAUCUAAAUUAUAAUUGUCAUCAGUUUACUACCCCUUUGAACUAAUUUAUUUCCUACGUUGUAACUCGUCAUAAUCUAGUGUGGGCUAUCUCUAUCGAGAUGCAGAUAUCGACGUUUUAUAUUUUCUACAGAAACCAAAGGGAAUUUGUGUUUUUAUGUUUAUACCUUGAAGGAAAGGUCAUCAAACUGGCCAAUUUUCAAAUCCAAUUACCCAAAAGAGAAUGACAAAAAUCCAAUUGUUACAGGAAUUCCUCCCGUUCCUUAUGUAAUCGCCCUGACUUAUAAAUUAUAAUAUGACAUUAGACAAAGGCAGUUGCUUAGCAUGCAACACGUGUUGGGAAAAUAAAUCUCAGCCAAUCAGCCAUAAUCCCAGCAAAAAUCAAGCGUAUCUUUGAAAUAAAUCUUCCGUAUACACUCCGACAAUAUAAUGAAUAUAUUACGUGGUCAAGGACCAAUUUCUUUCAUUCUAAGAUUUAUCGCUUGUGGAGAUACAUUAGAAGAUCCAGAAUGUUUCAUUAUAUAAUUCUAAUCAUUCUCACUCUCGUUAUAUAUUUCAAGUUUUUAAAAAAAUCUCCACGACACAUUUUGGUUGAUAGCAAUAAAUGUGUGUUCAUUACUGGCUGUGAUUCUGGUUUUGGUCUAAACGCUGCGAAACAACUCGAUUCCAUCGGGUUUACAGUCAUUGCGACGUGUUUAACUGACAAGGGAGAGCAGAUACUCCGCGAAAGUUGUAGCAAGAAUUUACAUGUUAUAAAGAUGGAUGUCACUGACACGAAGCAAGUUCAAGCUGCUUUUGACUAUGUUAAAAACACAAUGAAAUCAGAGAAAGGUCUAUGGGCGGUGAUCAACAAUGCUGGUGUUUCUAGAAUUGGACCUCUGGAUUGGCAGACACUGGAUGACAUGAAGAACAUGGCUGACAUAAAUUUGUGGGGAUUAAUUGAUGUCACUAAAACAUUUCUGCCACUUUUAAAAAUCUCUGCUGGACGUCUAGUGAACAUUGGAAGCAUUGGAGGUCGUCUAAGCCUUCCUUACAUGGGUGCAUAUUGUGCAAGUAAAUUUGCAGUUGAAGCAUUUACAGAUGCAUUGCGUGUUGAGUUGUGCCACUGGGGGAUGAAGAUUAUUCUCAUCGAACCUGGGUUCUUUAAAACUAACAUGACGGAAAAGGAUACAUUAGGUUCUCAAUAUGAUCAAAUGUGGUCAAAAUUGUCUCAAAUUAAGAAACUGGAAUAUGGAGAGGAGUUCCUUCAGAAAACCAAAGACAAUAUGUUAUCUGGGGUCGUCGACACCUGUGUAUCUCCCAAUGUCUUUGUGGUCACUGAGGCAGUUGUAGAUGCUGUUACAUCAUUGAAUCCUAGGAUUCGCUACGUGCUUGGUUGGGAUGCGCGUUUCAUUUGGUUGUGGCUUUCAAGAUUGCCGUCUGGUAUUUCAGAUUUCUUAAAGCGCCAUGUAUCAAAAAUUGAAAUUCCUGCCAAGCUAAGAGGAUCGAAUUAGGACAUAAAAUAUAUAAGCAGAUUAUUUCCAAUGCAGGGACCGAGUGAUAACAAGUUAAAUAUUUUCUCUCGUAGUUGGCCAUGGUGAUGCCUAUUAAAUCACGGUUGCUUUGUAAUCUUACAUAUUAUAAACAUUUUACUGAUUUUAGAUUAUUAGAAAUGUAGGAUUUCAUGGGGUUAGCUGAAACUGUCACUGAAACUGUCACUGAGGCAUGAAGUAUAGUUUAAUUCAAGCUUUCCUGGUAGGAUUUUUGAAUCAUAUUAUAUACAAACACACAUUGCUCCUUUUUCUGACCUUUUUUCUUUCAUCCUCUCGCUAACCAUGAAAGCAAUUAAAUCAUUCAAAUUUC